AUGAGCUCAACAGCCGCCAUGUUCGAAGAGGAUCCGAUUCUUCUAUGCCUCGUUAUUGCUAUUCUACUAGCCACAAUUCUUGUCAGAACAUAUUCGUCGAGAUCUGGUCCGGUGCGGGAUGUCUCCCCGAACCCUUCAUCGCCUCCGACACAGCUAGCGCUACCUGCAAGCUUAAGCAAACGAAGCCCUGGACAAUGGAUACCGAUGGACUUCAAGGCGCCGGACCCGCCGCCGUACCCUGACUGGGAUGUGAAGACUACAAAGCCAUUGCCCUAUCGUCCGUUCAAAUACGGUCCGACAUAUUUUGUCACUAUGGGCCUCCGAAAAGGCAAUCUCGACGAUUGGAUAGAAUUAGAUAACGAGUAUCUUAAAUUUCAUGCCAUUAAGAAAGAAAGAAUAGAGUCCCGUGGAGACAGCCUCUGCAAAACAGCGCCAGAGGCCCUAGAUGCUGCUAUCGAAUUACUAGAGUUGCUAUGCGAUUAUUUACCGAAACGUUAUCCGUCGAUGUUUACGAAAACCGGUGUGGGAGUCGAUAACAUUAUCACCAAUGAAUCGUUUAAUAUCACACAGCGUCCAUUACUCGAGGAACCGAUGAGAACAAUUGGGAGACUGAUCCAAGACGAUAUUGCUAUUAUGGUUGAAGGUUCCGACGGACUGUCUUAUCUGAAAUCGGGGAGUAUAAUUCUACCUGGUUUUUGGAAACUUGAGGAGAAGUUCAACAUGAACCUUUCGGAUAUUCACACCAGUGGCGAUGUACCGCAGUUUCGUGAGAAGUUGGAAAGGGGAAUGGUCAAUUUUUUUAAGAGAGUUAUGCCAGAUGACAUGGUGAUCAGGCACAACGUAAGUUUAAAUCUGUCUAUCAGGGAUUUCAAGAAUUUACAGUUUCCGCAGUAUUUUAUGCAAGUGGACGACGGGUUAGCCUGGUCCCACAGUAUAGGGCCUGAAGAUUCUCCCCACGUGGGAUGGUUUACUGCAGAGAAGGACAAAGUAGUUGAAAACCAUUGGUUUAGAUCUGAAAGACAGACUCUCCGACGACUUCCACGAAGUGGCGGUGUAGUUUUCACUAUCCGAACAUACUUCCAUCCAGUCACAGAAGUCGCCAAAGAACCGUACGUGCCGGGUCGGUUGGCUUCUGCUAUCAGGUCAUGGGGUGAUGAUGUAGCAAAAUAUAAAGGGAGUGAAAAGUAUAAGUCUAUCUUGCUGAAUUUUCUUGACCAAGAAAACGAGAAGCAAAUUGAUUUGGGGUUAAUAUCGGAGGGCGGAGAAAGCCAUCUAAAGUAUCCCUACUGA